GGGGGGGGGGGGGGUAGAGCGGCCGCGCCGCGCAGGCGCACAGGGGUCGGGAGGCCUCGGGGAAUGGAGGGGAGGGGCAGAGCGGCUCGCCCCGGGUCAUAGAGUGGCGGCUGGUACCAUAGAGAGGGAGGCUCCUCGGUUAGGAAUUCAGUCAAAGUUCGGAAAUUCACCACAAUAAACUCAUCGCCUUCCCCCGCCCCUUCUCCCGCAGAGUCAUCUGGGUUGGGCUGCCACCUGCACGAUCACCCAGUCCAACCUCUGACCAGACACCACCAAGUCCUCCACCCACCCGUAUCACUCAUAGCGCUAACCGCUAACCAUAUAACCCAUGGCACCAAGCUCCACAUCUUAGACGUUUUUUGUUUUAAAAACCACAACGUCUUUUAAAAACCACCUCUGCACACUCAAACCGCAAAAUUUCUUUUAUUGGUGAUGCCAAGAGGGAAGCAGGCAACAAUCUUGUUCAGCUUCAUCAAUGAACCAGAUCAUAGGAUAGAGUGCAUCCUCAGCAAGUUUGCUGAUGACACAAAACUGGGAGGAAUGGCUGAUACACCAGAAGGCUCUGUUGUCAUUCAGAGGAGACUGGAAAGCUGGAGAGUUGGGCCGAGAGGAACGUCACAAAGUUCAACACAGGCAAAUGCAGUGUCCUGCAUCUAGGGAGGAGUGACCCCCUGCGCCAGUAGACAUUGGGGACUGAGCUACUGGAAAGCAGCUCUGCGCAGAAGGACGUGGAAGUCCUGUUGAACACCAGAUAAACCAUGAGCAAGCAAUGUGACCAAGAAUGUGACUGUGUGCUCUAGGUGACCGUGCUUGGCAGAGGGGUGGGAGCAGAUGAUCUUCAAAAGUCCCUUCCAACCUCAGAAGCCAUUCUGUGAUGCUAUGAACAGACUCUUAAGAAACUCCUAGCAGAAUGUGGCUUGCGGUGCCUUGUUUCACAGUUUCAGCGCAGAACAGCUCCUAAAGCUUUGGCCUUGUAAAAAGUCAAAUCAUGUCAGGUCAGGGAGCUCCAUCUGUUUUCGUUUUCAUUUUAAUUUUAGUUUUCAUUUUGCAGCCUCCCAAGCAGAGGGGAGAGCUCUUCCACCGAACAAAAAAGCAAGAAGCCACGGAAGUGGUGAGUGGUAAGUGCUGAGUGCUCUCACCUCCUUGACAGUAGUGAUGAGAGCAAGGAAGGAAAUCAGAGAGACACCUUCUAUUCCUCCUACCACCGGGCCUCCUUCCACACUGUGGACUCUUUCAGCUCACAGAAAACCACCACCGAAACAGCCAUGUUGUGCCUCGCGCCAGCACAGGGGCUUUCCGUGAUGUCACAGGGGCAUCGGCCCUAUAAAAACCCCUGCGCCUGGCCCAACACUCGCUGAGCUUCUAGGCCCUUUGUGCUCGUCAGCGAUGGCUGGAAAGAAGAGGUCCUGGAGGAAUUGCUGCCCACACUUGCGUGGGUCAGAGCGGUUCGUCGAACCCAAGAGGAAGUGGCGGCGGAGCAGUGCCAGCGGGAGCAGAGCGACCGUGGCUGCUGAGGUGGAGCCCAUGGAGGUGGAUCCAGCUCCAGAGGUUGAAGAGCUGAUGGAGGUGGAUCCACCUCCAGCCCUCGUGGUUUGGCACAGCGUCACCAUGCCAGGGCUCCCACCUGCAAGACGUCACCACUGCAGGAGCGCCCGGAAAGCUCCAUAUCCCCGGCACAGCCUCCGCUGCCACCGUUACCUGGGAGAGGCCAUCCGGGAAACAACUAGCAGGCUUGCCUGCGGGAUGGCCUCCUUCCACAUCCCUCAUGCCCAAUCCCCGCCUCUUGGGCAGUGGUGUCAUCUCUUCGGCACAGAGUCCCAAGGAGUGGGCAAGAGUGGACUUGGCUUCCUUUGGUCUGCUGCAGUGGGGCGGCAGGAGGCCCCCUCACAAGCUGGCGCUGGGCCUUGGUGUCUCAGCCUGAGGACGAGAAGGCUGCCCAACGAGGAGGUGCUUGGAGACGAAGCCGUGCCCUCCGUGGCGGUGCACAGAGGAGAGCAGCGGCUCAGACCAAGCAGUGAGGCAGACAGCUGUUCCUCUGGAGAAGCACAAGUCCUCAGGUGUGCCAGGAAGAAGCGCCGGAGUGCAGCGCCGAGUCCAUUCGGGAUGCUUCAUCAGCAGUUCUUCCCCAGACUGGGACUCCAAGAGCAAUAGCAAUAAUAACAAUAAAAAACCAUCAGUAAAACAAC